CGCGAACGUGCUGCUGCCGAGACGGGCCGGUGAUUUGUUUUUCAUUAAAUAACGCACGGCUCGCCGAGCACCACUGAAAAUCGCGAGCCCGAUCGUGCCCUUGGCCGACGCGUUCAUAGGGUAUAUUGAGCGGACGGUCGAACUAGCUAACAAGUGUGGUGUACAGUACUUUGUCAAGAUACCAAUUUGCAUGUUUAGUGACAUAGCAACAAUAUUAACAUUAACCAACGUAAUAUUGAGAUGGAAAAGAGUGCUGAUGGCUUGUUUCGUGCUGAAAAAAAUAAUGGUGCUGAGGAAGCAGCCAUGGAUAUUGUAAAUGUUGAUGAGAGGGUGGCUAUUUUAGAUGCAGGUGCACAAUAUGGAAAAGUGAUAGACCGAAAAGUUCGUGAAUUAAAUGUUCAUAGUGAAAUUCUGCCACUUGAUACACCCGCAUUUACUUUACAAGAGAAAGGAUAUAAGGCUAUUAUCAUUUCUGGAGGCCCUAGUUCUGUAUAUGCUGAGGAUGCACCUAGGUAUGACGCUGACAUCUUUCGAAUAGGAAUUCCUGUGCUAGGUAUUUGUUAUGGGAUGCAGAUGUUAAACAAAGAAUUCGGCGGUACCAUAACCAAGAGAGAAGCUCGAGAGGAUGGCCAAUAUCCCAUUGAAGUUGAUACCAAGUGCCUGUUAUUUAAGGGCUUGGAUAAGGAUCAAAUGGCAUUGCUAACACAUGGAGAUAGCAUAGACAGGGUGGCUGAAUUUUUUCGUACUACUGCCAGAUCGUCAAGCUUCGUAGUGGGUAUAGCAAGCGAUAAAAUGAAUCUGUACGGGGUGCAAUUCCAUCCGGAAGUAGAUUUGACACCCAACGGAAAAACAAUGCUACAAAACUUUUUAUUUGGUAUCGCUGGCCUUACGGGUAAUUAUACGCUCCGCGAUCGGGAAACGCAAUGUAUCCAAUACAUCAGGAAUACUGUAGGCGACAAAAAGGUUUUGUUACUGGUAAGCGGUGGGGUGGAUUCGACGGUAUGCGCAGCAUUGUUACAUAAAGCUUUAAACAAAGAACAAGUUAUAGCUCUACAUAUUAACAACGGCUUCAUGCGCAAGGGAGAAACACAAGCGGUGGAACAAAGUUUAGCACAACUAGGCGUUAAGCUGAAAGUAGUGAAUGCUGGUCGUUGCUUCAUGCAAGGCACGACGACUGUCCCUCUGGAUAACAUCGGAUCCAUGAUGAACGCUAAUGUAACCAACAAUAAAGGGAUAUGUGGUACGGCGAGUAGCCCGCGCACUAGAUUAACGAAGAUGUUGUGCGAGGCCACCAAUCCGGAGGAGAAACGGAAGAUUAUAGGGGAUGUUUUUGUAAGAGUUGCAAACGAGACAAUGGCGGAAAUUGGCUUGAAGCCAGAAGAUGUUUUUUUGGGACAAGGCACUCUGAGGCCUGAUCUCAUAGAAAGUGCAAGCGCCUUAGUCAGUGGUAAAGCAGACGUCAUAAAGACACACCAUAACGACAGCGAACUCGUGCGAAUACUACGAGCGCAAGGACACGUGGUCGAACCGCUGAAAGAUUUUCAUAAAGACGAAGUGAGACAGUUGGGGUGUGAUCUCGGUUUGCCAACGUCACUCGUCGCACGUCAUCCAUUCCCCGGUCCUGGACUUGCAAUACGAAUUCUUUGCGCGGACGAGCCCUAUAUAGAGAAAGAUUUCUCCGAGACGCAGGUCAUAGUGAAAAUAAUGGCGGAGUACGAACAGAUGCUGCAGAAGAAACACGCCUUACUGAAUCGCGUGGAAGGUGCUACCAGCGAGGUCGAGCGUCAACAUCUCCGCAGAGUCUCCAGUCAUCGUCAUAUCGCGGCGACUCUCUUGCCUAUUCGCAGCGUAGGAGUUCAGGGCGACCGAAGAAGCUACAGCUAUGUGGUAGGUCUAUCGUGCGAGGAGAUUGUAUCCGAAGGGGUGGAUUGGGAGGACAUGUUGUUCCUCGCGAAGCUGAUUCCGCGUGUGUGUCACAACGUGAAUCGCGUGUGUUACAUCUUCGGGCCGCAGCUCCAUCAUCCAAUCCAGGACAUCACGCCUACGUAUCUCACUUCGAACGUGAUAGCGACUCUGCGGCAGGCAGACCACUUAGCCAAUCAAGUGUUUGCCGCGAACGGUUGUAUGGACGCCAUCAGCCAGAUGCCGGUUGUUUUAAUUCCCGUACACUUUGACCGCGACGCGGCAUGUCGAACGCUGUCAUGUCAACGUUCCAUUGUGCUUAGGCCAUUCUGUACUAAUGAUUUCAUGACUGGGACACCCGCCAUCCCUGGGAAGGAUUUACCAAUACAUGUGGUGAAGAAAGUGGUAACUGAGAUAUCCACGGUGCCCGGAAUCUCACGCGUUUUGUACGACUUGACGUCUAAACCUCCGGGGACCACCGAAUGGGAGUAAUGAACGCUUAUC